AGUAAAAGUUUCAUUCGAUAGAUUUUAAAUCUUUUUAUCUGGCAUAGUAGUAGCGUCUACUAAUGUUUUCAGUAACGGCGUUAACGGUUUGACUUAAUCGAUGAUGUUAAAAGUAGUAGCCGAACCAGCUUGUCCAACAUAUACAAAUAUGCCAACGUAGUUUUCAGUCAUACGUUUCAGGAAAAGUGAUGUCUCGACUGGUCAAGAAAUCUCCAGCGCUUUGCACAGAUCAGCCUUUGGAAACGAGCGACAUCUUGGUCAAAGUUAAUCUUCUGGGUCAGCUUUUCAGAUCUUGUUUUGGUCCUUCCGGAAGAUUGAAACACGUCCACAACAACAUUGGAGGGCAAGUUGUGACCACGUCAACGUCAUCGCUUCUUCUGCCAUACAUUUCUUCGUCACAGCCGUUCCUAAAUCUAAUUUUAUCCUCCAUUCACAAUCACAUCGGUCGUUUCAGUGACGGCGGCUUGUUUGCAGCCAUUGUUUGUUUCACACUUAUUGAACGAGCCAAACAGUUUGCUCUCAAGGGUCAAGUGACCACCGUUGUGUACAAACACCUGUUGGGUCUGUGCACCAGUUACCUUCAACAAGAGGACUGUGGUUGUAAAGUGAACCUCGAUUUUGGCAGCAGUCAUAACUUGAUCACGUUGGCUCGCAGUGUGCUCUGCAGCAAACCAGCAUGUAUGCUAACAGGGCAAGAGGCACUUCACAUUAGCAAGUUAGCAGUGCAAUCCUUUUUAUUAACAGUACCUUCUAACAGCAAUGGCAUAGUAACACUGGGCAUGACACUUCAAGUGACUAUUGAUGGUCUUCCUGUGAAAGACUCUGCAGUGUUCCCAGGCGUUUUAGUAGAAAUGCCGGAUGACUAUGAGGGUUUGGAAAUGAGGAAUCCCACCUCUAAUCCCCUUCGUAUGGUAUUGUUCAGUGCAUCCCUUGCUGGAGAUCUUUCUGAACUAGGAGACGGAACGAUUGAGGUGCACUGUAUUGCAGACAUGGACUCCGACAUCUUGAAUCAGCUCCUUGAGAUUGGCAAACAGGUGGUGAAAGAUGGUGUAAAGUUAUUUGUGUGCCAGAAGGUCAUUCACCCAGUCUUGCAGCAAUAUCUGAGAAGUCAUGGUGUCAUCGUUAUAGAGAGAGUGGGGAUUAAGUUCAUGCAGCCUCUUACUCAACUCUCAGGGUCCCAGCCUGUGGCAACAUUGCUCACAACCAUCCCUACCAAAGUCUACGGGAAGGUGGGGAAUAUGAUUUCUAGACAAUUUGGAUCCAAGACGAUGCUGCAGUUAUAUCCUGCAGGGGAGUCAGUGAUCUGCACCGCGGUGCUGUGUCACAGGAACGAGACAAUGUUAAAUGAACUGAAGGUGGCAUUCCAGAAGACGGAACAUGUGUUGCGUCUCACCCUGAAGGAACCGUUUGCUCUACUUGGCGGUGGGUGCACCGAGACCCACUUAGCUGCUUACAUCAGACACCAGUGUGACACCACUGGAAGCGCGUCCAAGAUAGGCUGCUCGCAGACAGAAUACAUGCUUGGAGUGGAGGCGUUCUGCAGCUCUCUCGAGUCGGUAGCUAAAUCGCUACAACACGACGGUGAGACUUCUCUCGUUGAUCUGACUAGCGCUCACCAUUGGACUCGGCCAGUUGACACGUUGCAAGAGGACACAGAGGCUUGCUUGAACAACUGUGGUUGUGGACUCAUGGAAAGUAGCCCAAAUCACAAGUGGAGUCACUUGAACACUAAAUACCCAGUGUUCUCCCCGGUGUCACUGUCUAGAGGCGAUAAUGUGAAGCCAUGCGUGCUCGACUCUUUCACAGCAAAGCUCAACGCUUUACAAGUUGCUGUAGAAACUGCAAACGUUGCUCUUGACGUGCGAUAUAUCAUACAAGAUGUGAACUAAUAGCGGUUUGUCACAAGCAAAUGACGAUUUAUCGGUGACAACAUAUCAGUUGUCUUUGGCUAUAACACAAAGAAUAUGUCUGCCAAAGGAUGUUUACAUUUUUGCACCAAAAAACAAUUUAACAACUACCAAAAUAGUUGAUUAAUUGAAUCAUUGAUUAAUAACUGUUGCAGCUUUAGUGCUAAAUAUAAGUGGAACCUGGCUGGUCUGGCCCGUGUACAGAUGCAGCGAUCGAAUUAGGUUGGGUUUCGGACCGCGAUUUGUCGGGUUGCAUGCUGUUUUGUAUUUUGUAACAGACUUUUCAAGACUUUUCUAUAUAAAGAAUGUAUGCUUUAUUAGGCAUUAUUAGGAGUAAACCUGAUUAUCACAUACUACAGUAUUAAUUGGCCCUGUACCCUAGAAACCGCCCAUGAAUGAUACGGGAAAAGGCCGAAAUGAUACUGUGUUAAAGCCCAGGGCAGUGAUACUGAUAAAAUAUAGAGUUUAACCAUGUCCAGUAUCAGCCCCCGUAGCUGUCCACUCAGAGCGCGCUGCUCUGGUAUCGUGCCCGUGAAACAACCAAUCAGAGAACAGCACACGAGUGCUUAGUGCAUAGUGCUUCUCCAGUCACCAAAAAACCCAAACUUGAUUAAUGGAACUUUAAUUGUCAGACAUUGAUAAGAUAAGACUGUUGAUAAAAUAUUAUUGUUGAAAUAUUUUUGCAAUUAUUGUGUUUACAUCUUUUGCCACAUUUUCAUAAAGCCAACACAUUUAAUUCAUGUAAAAAUUUUAACUACUGAAGAAUAUAAAAUAAUUACAAAGCAACAGACUACCUUCAGAAUACAGUGUGUCUCCAGUUAAAUGUUUCUAGCUUACUAAUUAUACCUUCUCAUUGAAUACCUCCAUAUUUCCUCCAUACAGAGCAUCUAUCUGGAUAAUUAACCCAUGUGUAAACGACCAGUAAUUAACUGGGUUUGGAAAUAGUAACCUAAGAGUGUAUCCUACAUUUACAUGCAUGAUAUUUUCAACCUGACUCAUUAGUGGGCUUUGAUUUGUAUUCAGUCUUGGGGAGACUGCAGCCCCCUUUUUAAAUGACCUUGAAGAUUUUCUCAAAGUAAAAAUGGAAUCAGAGCUUUUCGAUACUUUGGGUAGUUCUUGAAUGUCUUCUUGUAAUACCUAGAAAACAGCAACCCAAACAAACUAUCACUCAGUUGAUCCUAUACAUAGUGUAGUUGAUACUUCCUAGUAUUUCCAUACCUGUGAUGGUAUAUGGCUCUUGGUCCAAUGAAGCAUGCAGUAAACACCGCAAAUGCCAGUGAUGGAAGGCCCCAAGUGGCCACGGCGUAACCAAACCACUCGAGAAUUUCUCCAAAGUAAUUUGCAGCAGACACGUAUUCAAAAAAACCACCUGCGGGAAAAUAGAACACCUAGAAACGACUCCACACACAGGAGAUACGUUGGGUUCCUGCACGUGUUUCUUACCUGUAGGGACCUUAUAAAUGGCUUCCCCUGGUUUUCUUAACUUACGUAAAGUGUAGUCACUGUGAAUAUUGAUGGCCAUCCCGAUGUAAAACAGUAGUACACCUAAAAGAAAUACACUUUAAAGACUCAUUUGUGUGUGUAUAUAUAUAUAUAUAUAUAUAUAUCACUGGCGGCUGCUGGUCAAUCAAGGAAUAAAUGAAUUUAUUUAUAUGUAAGUUCUAAUAUCUGCCGUGGUGUGCAAUUGUGUGACGCUGUGUAUAAACCGCAAAGUGACAGAAGAGAUUUGCCAAACACAUCAGUAGUCGUUUUUUCACAAAGACAAAGUCUCUGUGGAUCGGUAAAGUCUCCAGAUCAGGUCGAGUGGUUAGCGCGCGUACCUCACAGCUAGAAGACCAGGGUUCAAUUCCACCCUCGGCCAUCUCUGUGUGGAGUUUGCAUGUUCUCCCCGUGCAUGCGUGGGUUUUCUCCGGGUACUCCGGUUUCCUCCCACAUUCCAAAAACAUGCUAGGUUAAUUGGCGACUCCAAAUUGUCCAUAGGUAUGAAUGUGAGUGUGAAUGGUUGUUUGUCUAUAUGUGCCCUGUGAUUGGCUGGCCACCCGUCCAGGGUGUACCCCGCCUCUCGCUCGAAGACAGCUGGGAUAGGCUCCAGCACCCCCGCGACCCUCGUGAGGAAAAAGCGGUAGAUGAAUGAAUGAAUGAAUGAAUGAAUGAAUGGUCGGGGCACAAACAUGGAGGCGCGUAGGCCCAUGUGAGUGCAGGCCAGAGGCUGAUCGCCUUGAUUGGACUCUCCCAGGUGUCACCUGGAGGAGUGGGGGAUUAACUGGGUGGUAGUUGGGUAAUCUAAGUUGUUAUGUGUAAUCGAGUGCUUAAAUGUAUACAGGAAGCAAAACUUCAGUGUGGGACUCUUGAAAGACUUUUGUAAUAUAAAAGAAGGGUGUUAUAAAUGUAAAUAUGGUACCUUUUAGACGUAUUGCCUCACCCUCUCAUUGGGGAAUUAUAGUUGGCCCUUCACGGGUAAAAGGUGAGAGGCCUGUUGUGUGUAUGCUGGGGGAAAUGCUGUUGCACGGUCUGGUGAAAUAAACUUGAAGAGCUCUCAACUUCAUGUCUGGUGUGCAUUUCAGCUGCUAGUAAGAGGCCAUUUUUUCCAACCUAAAAUCUUACACAAGCAGUUCACUUUGUUACCGUUCUCGGCGGGGGGCAGUGUGAACCCUAACCCUAACCCUGUCAUUGUAUGCAAUUAGCAGAUCAUCGAUUGUCAUUAUAUCGUCAGCGCAGUGUCAAAGCAUCGGUCUCCAGCGCAAGGCAGUUAUAUCCAUCGUGAGCGCAGAAAUCGAUUUGUGCAGAUCCAUCAUUAUCGCGUAAUAUUAUCACACGCUUUGACAUAUUUCGCAAACACAGACAUGUGCAGAUGUUAUUGCUCUGCAGGAAGCAUUUUUAAAUAUGAGCCUCCAUUUUUUUCCCACUUUUCACACACCCACCAAUGUAGACGCAAACGUCAGACGUCCGCUCAUCCAUAUGAGCACAAUGCAGCAAGUAGUGUCCCUGCACGAAGCCAUUCACGGAGCAGAAGAAGCCCGCCCCUAGCAUCACACUCUGUGGCAAUGGAUUCCCUCUGAUCAGGAGUGAAUAGAUGAAUGUUCUGGGAUGGGGUGGAAUAAGUAUUUGGAAAAUUUAACCAUUAAUACACUUUUUCCAAUUAUAUCACAAAGAUGACAUGGCAGUUUUUUCUUGGACUAUAUAUAUCUUCUUAGCCUAACUGUUGGCUUACUAAAUAUCAAAGCAGCCCUCAAUGGAAAAACAUUUGGACACCCUGGGCAUGGAAUUAAUAUCACCCAUAUUGUCUCGCUAUACUUCUUACAGAGUAGUACAAAUGCAAUAUAAUCAAUAUGCAAUCAUUAGUACAUAUAAUUUCUUUUAACACCUUUCAUGUUAUAUGAUGUAAUGUUCCAAAAGCAGAAAGGGACAUCAUUUUAAAUAAUUAUACAUACUGUAUGUAAAUCUCAUAAUACUGCAUUAAUACU